CGUAGAAAAAAUUAAACCAUAUAUUAUUAUGAAAACAAAGGUUAUGAUAAUAAAGAGCGCGAGAAUGGGAUUUUGGUAAGCGUACAGUUUGGCAUACCGUGUGGCAUAUUUAUAUGUAGAUUUAAAAAUCCAAUAAACAAAUAAUGAAAUCUCAUCAAGUGACCGCAAAAAUUUUAACGAAAUCAAAAACUUUCAGUUGUUCAAAAUGUUUAAAAUUUAUCUGCAAUUAUUGCGAUACCGCGAUUACGACCGCCAUCAUGGUAACUAUAUGAGUGCGUAUAUGUGCUUAUACGGAUAAAUUGGAAAUGAGACAAUGAGACAUAUUAACCAAAAUGGCAAUAAUAUGUUUGUAAUGUCGAAAAUUUACUAAAGCAGACAUAAUGCUUGUUAGCCAGCAAUAGAGGAGAAGAGCAGGUAGAGAGAAUUCAUCUCUCAUCUAUUGCUUAUAUACAUUCAAAACGCAGACACAGUCUAUAGUAUUAAAAGUAAAAGCUGCAAGCUAACAAGCAAGCAAGCAGCAACCGCAGCCGCCGCAGCAAUAACAACAACAGCAACAGUAGCGUAAAGCAGCUGCUGUUCUACAAUAGACAAUAAAAAUGAAACGGAAACAUAAAAUACCGGAUAUUUCUUUGCUAAUUAUGGCAAUUUGGUUUAACAGUUGUAUAGCCAAUGCAAUGUGCGCAGAGGAUAGCAGGAGUCGGCGUGAGAUUCACCUUAACCCGCACGAAAACGAAAUGUUGAACAGUCAUUUUAAUCAUCAUAGUGAUUUGCAGCAACAACAGCACCAAGACCAGGAACAACAUGAACAACAAUAUCAGCAUCAACAUGAGCAACACGAGGUCGAUGAAAUGAUGUUCAAUCAUCAUUUGGAACAAAUGGUUUACAAUAUGAGAAAUGGCGGCAUUAGUAACGGUCACACCUACAACGGCGAUGAUAUAAACGAUUUUGAUGGCGGUUUGGGUGGUUUAUUGCCUCACGAAUUGCCAGAACAUGACCAUAUAGCACAUCAUUUGGAAAUGCAAACUCAUGAAGAAUUACUAGAGGAUAUAAGAGAUGAUACCACAGGCGUUAACAUCAUACCAGACAAGGAUCUUCCCAAAUUCGGUGAACCAUUGCAGAAUGUUACUGUGCCAGUAGGCCGUGAGGCAGUACUCCAGUGUGUGGUGGAUAAUUUACAAACUUAUAAGAUAGCGUGGCUACGUGUCGAUACACAAACGAUUUUAACAAUACAAAAUCACGUCAUAACAAAAAAUCAUCGCAUGAGCAUAACGCAUGCUGAGAAACGUGCUUGGAUAUUGCGGAUACGCGACGUUAAGGAAACGGACAAAGGCUGGUAUAUGUGUCAAAUCAAUACGGAUCCAAUGAAAAGUCAAGUGGGCUAUUUGGAUGUGGUCGUGCCCCCAGACAUUUUAGAUUAUCCGACCAGCACUGAUAUGGUAAUACGUGAGGGUUCAAAUGUUACAUUGAAAUGUGCUGCGACGGGCUCACCCACACCAACGAUAACGUGGCGGCGCGAGGGUGGUGAACCGAUACCAAUACCAAACGGCACCGAAGUAAUGAGUUAUAAUGGUUCAUUUUUAACUAUCGCCAAAGUGAAUCGGUUAAAUAUGGGCGCCUAUCUGUGCAUAGCUUCGAAUGGUAUACCACCAACGGUCAGCAAACGCGUCAUGUUGAUUGUGCAUUUUCCCCCAAUGAUUUGGAUACAAAAUCAAUUAGUUGGAGCAGCAAUUGGGCAAAAUAUUACAUUAGAAUGUCAAUCGGAAGCGUUUCCUAAAUCGAUAAACUAUUGGAUGAAAAAUGACACAAUUAUAGUACCUGGUGAACGCUUCAUACCGGAAACGUAUGAGAAUGGAUAUAAAAUAACAAUGCGUUUGACCAUAAACGAGGUGGAAGUACAUGAUUUCGGUUCAUAUCGUUGUGUGGCAAAGAAUUCUCUCGGCGAUACCGAUGGUACAAUUAAAUUAUAUCAUAUACCACAAACGACAACUGUCACCACUUUGGCACCCACAGUAUCAACAACAACAGCACCUAUGUCUCAGCAAAAGUACCAUAAAGAACAACGUUACAAUUUUCAACAAAAUAAUAAAAAUAACCAAAAUAAUAAUAAUAAUAAUAACAACAACAACAACAGCAACUACAAUCACAAAUUGCAACGUACAAAAUCAAGAAUGGAAUUACCGCAACAACAACAACAGCAUCAACUUCAUCAAGCAAUCCAACAACAAACUGCCAUGAAUAAUGUAUACGUGGGUGCAACAUCGAGCUUAUGGAAUACACAACAACAACAGGAUCAUUACGUACUAAGAGAACAACAUUACAAUCGGCAAGGUCCUGAUUUCACUAAUUAUCAUAAUAAUAUUGAUCAUAAGACACCCCUACAACAUGAUGCCAAUUCAUUGACUCUGGAUAAUGAAGUCAUGCAUAAUGAUGCUGGCGCUGCUACAACUACGGCUGUAGAUGUAACCAUUACUGCUGCUUUAGCUGCCAGCUCGUUAAUAACGUUCAUUAUGAGCAACGUUUCACUGAAGCAUUUUCUGUUAAUAUUAUUAAGAGUUUCUUUUCCUUCUGUAGUAUAGCAAUUUAUAAGGAUUUCAUUUAAAGUAGAUUAAAUGUUUUUAUUUUUUUUCGUUUCAUUUUUUUUUUUUUUUUUUUUUAAAAAAAUUUU